GAGCAUCGUCGGAAGAGCCGGGCUCCGCAGACCGCGCACACACCGCACAGGGGGUUGUUCGCAUCGUUCGCCUCGCACGACACCGUCCGAUACGCCGCUUGGUCCUUCGUCUAGCCGUCGGGGGCACGACUGUUCGUCGACCGUGCGCGACGUUGCUAUUAUGUAAGGGGACGUCGUGGUCGUGGUCGUGGUCGUUGUCGUUGUCGUUGUCGUUCGCUCGGGUGCCAGCGGGAACAUAGCAGAGGACGCGAACACGCACUGGACACGCGAAGGGGAGAGAACACGCGCUGGAAGGGCGACAUGCGAAGAGACGCGUCGCGCCGGCCGCGUUACGACCACACACAGACGUGCCACGAUCAUCGUAACCACCAGCGAUCUGUGCAGGAGUAGGAACGUGAUAUUCGCAGGACGAACACUGCAGGAGAGCAUCCAUGGAAUUGAAAAUCCUCUGGUUCGUUCAUAUCGUGGGAAUUUGCUCCGGUUUGCGAGAGGUGCGCAUCCAGAUACCGACGGCCGUGAAGAAAGGUGACUCGGCGAUACUCAACUGCUGGUAUGACACCGAGGGGGAUCUUUUAUACGCCGUCAAGUGGUACAAAGGGGGUCAAGAGUUUUAUCGCUAUGCCCCGAACGAGAUCCCGGUCGUCAAGACUUUCCCCAUCGGCAACCUGACGGUGAAGAAAAGCGAAAGCAACUCGACCCGGGUUGCCCUGACGAACCUGGAACUGGACGCAGCGGGCGUCUACAGUUGCGAAGUGUCCGCGGAUGCUCCUUCGUUCCAGACGGCCUGCGUCCAAGGCACCAUGAACAUAGUCGAAUUACCCUCUCAAGGGCCGUCGAUACACGGGUUAAGGAGGAAAUACCGGAUCGACGAUAUGCUACGUUUGAACUGCACAUCCGGACGGAGUAAACCCGCGGCCAAUCUCACCUGGUACAUCAACGAUCGACAACCGCUGAAAUCGCACGUCCGCACGUACAGUCCCUUGGACACGAACGAGUCCGAGUGGCACAUUUCACAGAUCGGCCUUCAGUUCCUCGUUACGCACGACCAUUUCGCGGGGGGCAAGCUGAAAAUACGAUGCAGCGCCUCCAUAUACGACAUUUACUGGCAGAGCACCGAGGUCAGCACCGAGGAGGACAAACCGAGGCUGAUACACUACGAACCAGCGGCGACCAUCGUCGGUAUCAACUACCUGCAGCCGCCACCCAACUUCCAGACCGGCCAGAAGAAACCCGAUGGACACGUUGGAGUCAAAGUUCUCGGCUCGUCCAGGUCGGAGAUGCGGCUGCCGUCGGCGCGGCUGGUCCUGGGACUGUUCGCGUUCCUUUUGAUCGCCAUUCGUUAACCGUACCGCAUUCAACUACGCGCGCUUUGGAGCUGUUUAUAUAAAUCGACGUGCUUGUAAGAAAGUCCAGGCCGCUUUGUGUCGCGCGAUGGUCGUCCUCCGGCGACGCACGUGCCGCGUCACGCCCUUUUCUGGACCACGGUGAGAGAGAAA